AUGGCAGAUCAAGAAGACUCUGUGGCUUCUCCACCAUCCGUCUCCAUCAUCUCCGAAACUCCCAUAGAGCUCACCAUCCAUGCUAAUCUCAAGUUUCUCAUCUCUAAUCUCAAAAAUCUAGUUCUCAUACAACUCUUGUCCGACACUUACCCAAUCUGGCAUCUACAUCUUCUUCAACACUUCUCAGCAAAUGGGUUCUCUGACCACCUAACCGGAGAAACACCAUGUCCAGCAAAUUCAACAAGCUCCGCCCACCGAUCAUGGGUUCUUGUCGACAGAAACCUCAUUUUAGCACUCUUUUCUACAAUCUCCCCUUCAAUCCUUCCUUACGUUAUUUCCUCCACCACCACCAAUGAAGUCUGGACCAUUCUUGAACUGCGACUUCAACCUUCGAAUCGCUCUCGUGUAAUUAAACUAAAACACGAAUUACACAUCAUCCAAAUGAAAUACUCCACUAUGCAACAGUACCUAACCCAAAUCAAGAAUAUCGACGACAACAUUGAUGCUUCCGGUUCCAAGAUCGACUCCGAAGAUAUCAUCAUCUACAUCUUGAAUGGACUUCCCGCACUUCCCGCAUCUUACAAUCCAUUCAAAUCUUCUAUAUGA